AUGGAUGACGCUAUCUUUGACCAUUUGCCUCCCCCAGACAGUACUUUGUGGGCCAGUGCUGCAGAGCUACUAAAACAAAUCCAUGAUCAACUCGAAACUGCGCAAGACUUCUAUUCCACCGAUCGAACAUGUGAAAUUCUGGCUGUCAAUCAAAUUCUUGUACACCCCCCAACAAAGAAAUUAGUCGAUAGAUUUCAGCAUGUCAUAGGAGCCCUACUGUUAGCUAUCAGAUACCAUGAACUAUACCCACAAUUCCACACGGCGGAAGAGCUAUUCUGGCGUGCGUAUAGACAUGGCCAUCGUGGAGAGGGUAGAAUCUCAGAAUACAUCGAGAAUCAUUUCCAAACAUAUCCGGACAAUGAGAAAAAACGAAUUCGUCAGUACAUUCUUCGUGGGCGGAAAUACCAUCUCGUUCACUUGGCUGUACCCGGGCUAUGUCUUAUUUUAUCUAUGACCCAUAAUAUCCUCGACAAUGUCAGUUACGACCUGAUUCUGGUUGUGCUUAAAAUGUUUAUGGAUAGAGACUUCCGAGAUACUUGGGGUCUUCGCCAGCUGGUGGAUAUAGAAAGGAAUUUCAUUAUGACAGGCCGAGGUUAUUUGAGCUUUUGCAACAUAUCGUGGCACAGUUCCUAUACAGAAAUCCCAAGGCAUCUCGACCCCGAACCACGAUUGGAUAUGGAUUCAUAUGAAUUUGUGCAACUUAAGAACAUCGGAGAGCCCCAGGAACACCUAGUCCAGGGUAUAAAAAACUACCUUCACCGCUAUGACUCGGAGCCGAAUAUCAGAACCGAGAUACCCACGCGUAUUUAUCGAGGACGAGCAGGGAGCCACUUCGCUGGGGUUCUCGCCCAAUUUUUUAAAAGGAUCAAUGUUUGUUUCCGAAGGCUUGUCAAGGAAAAUGUAACUGACUUCAUGCAGGAUGUCCAUAUCUUCCAGACUUUCCUAAAAAUAGCGCAGUCGGAAGGAACAACCACCGACCCUGUUGUUGCAGUCACCAACGACACACGUACCUCGCGGCUAUACAGGAUAGGCCCGGUAGGCCAAGACAUAGGCAAGGCCAUUACGCUUAUUCUUCCACUGGACAAAAAUCUAGACUCUGAUGAGGGGUUCUUCUCCUAUUAUCCAGGGUCGGCCCGGUGGACACGGGAACAGUUUGAAGAUAUAUUAGCAAGCAAGGAUAGGAAAUCAAAAGCAUUGCAUCUCCCUUUGAGAGAUGGAUUAUUGUUGCCAGAGGGACUGGUGGUUGAGUAUCCAUCAGAGAAACCAUGUUGUCAUUAUAUUUCCAAAACAUAUAUUGCAAAGGUACCCGCACUUGAUGAGCUACUGUUGAGGUGGGAGGCCACACAUAUUAUUCCCUGUACACGGUAUAUUUCUGGUGCUAUGGUGAUUGAUGACUCUACAAGUUAA